AUGCGACUACUGUAUACCAGCCACAACAGUGCCACCUACAGGAACCCACAGUACUACGAAUACCCACAGUACUACGAAUACCCACAGUACUACGAAUACCCACAGUACUACGAAUACCCACAGUACUACGAAUACCCACAGUACUACAGAACAACCACUGUGAGGGUUUCCACAAAACAAAUCCAAGACUCGGCCUGGUUCCUGGUCAUCAUCCUCCUUCUGUGUCUGAGCAUCGCACUGGUGAUUGUGACAAAGAUCAAGCCACUGUUCAACUGCUUAUCACACAACAAAGAGUACUGCUUUGUUAGAAAAUCAACAUCAGCAUCAGUCUGCAUGGAGGAAGAGGAGGAAGAAGCGAAGGAGGAAGAGGAAGCCUGCACGCCUAUCCAGGAGAUGUGCAGUGACUGUAACAAAUACAUCCAAGCCUAA